GAAUCCUCGUCGAGACAGCACAUCCUUACAGCAGUUCAUCUUGCCUAGAUCUCUCCUGGACGAGUCAACAUGGUGACAGCACUUAAGGUGACAGCGCCCCUGCUUUUCCUUCCUGUUACUGCCUUGCUGGUUGACAGGCAGCUGCAUUUACGUUAUGCAGCAUCACCACCACCAGCAACAGCCAGGGCUCUCCAGGCAGUCGUGUCAAGCGAGUCUGACUCCCGUUCCUCUCUUGUCUUCUUCACAGACGGAGCCUAUUGGCCAACUACGGUCUUAAAGGAAUUCAUGGCGUUUACGCGAUCAACAGUUGCAGUUACGCUGUUCGAAGGGGAAUUUCGUGCGCCUCGUGCUAACUUAACGCAGGUGCAUCUUUCCUGGAUGACAGAGGCGAGGAGAGUGCGGCAGGUGUCAUGGUGCGUGACGGUGGUGGUGGUGAGCGACGACCUCGCCUUCCUCACCGCCUUCGCCCAGUGGUCCCUCACGGGCCGCCUCCUGGUGUGGUCGACGAGGCUCCUGGUCGUCACCCGCCUCCCCCUCCAUCACCUGCAUGUUCUCCAUGGAUUGCUCUCUAUGACCAACUCUAUGCUGCUCGUUGUUCAUGGUGCACCUGUCAGCAGCAGGUGCAGUGUGUACAUCCAGCUGCCGUACAGUCCCAGAGGAGCCCAGGCGCUGAAGGUGGCCUCCUGGACGCCCCACCAAGGCCUCGCCCUCACCUCCAGCCUUCACCUCUUCCCUGACAAAUUCUCCAGAUUUAUCGAGCGUCCAAGUCUCAAAAUAGCAGUCGAUCAGACCCACUUGAUGAGUACAACUAUCAGACUGGGAAGACGAGAAGAUGAAACGCUGGAAUAUUUAGGACAAGGCCUCAAUUUUACAUACAAGUAUACAAUUCCUUCUGACGGAUUGCGGGCUGGCGUGGUGGAUAUGGUGGUCAAACAGGGAGCUGACUUCGCUCUCGGACCUCUAGGUGUGUCUCUGGCCUUGGCUUCGGUGGUGGACUUCAUGUGGCCAAUAACUGUACAGUACAGUAGGAUCCUGGGCACUCGAGGCCGGCCGGAGGUGGACCCAUGGGGCUUCGUGUUUCCCCUGGAGCUCCCAGUGUGGGCGGCCACCAUGACGACGCUCCUGAUGCUGUCCCUCACGCUGUUCCUGGCUUCAACGUUCUUGUCUCUAACUCACAUUACCACAGAAAGUAGCUGGGAAAGGGACUCCUUCCAUUUGAUUAGUGCUUUGUUACAACAAGACUGCGUGGUAUCGGGCCGCUGGUGGUGGAGGCGGCUGGUGUUCCUGCUCUGGAUGAUGAUGGCAGCACAGGUGCUGGUCAAGAGUUACUCCGGGAACCUCAUGUCAGGUCUGGCUGUGAGACACAUCAAGCAGCCAUACCAGACUCUCCGCAGUGUGGUGGACGACCCCUCCGCUAUCAUGAUGUGGUUAACAGAUGCAAAAGUUGCGCAGAAUUUCAGUUCUGUCCAGUCCGGAAUAUAUCGCGAAGUGUUUGAAGCUGGAUCCAAAGGACGCAUCGUGCACAGGAACGCCUACGAAUUCCUUCAAAAUUUUUCUGCCCUGCUGAGUGACCGCCGUCACGUCCUCAUUGGGAAUGAGAUCCUCUUCAGCAUAAUUAUCAGCAAAGAGUUCUCUCGCACAGGAAACUGUUACUACUACUUAUCGAGGGAGAGAUUACUGCCCUCUUCAAUGGUAUCUAUAGGACAGAAGAACAGUCCUCUUGUUCCUGCAUUAAGUAAAAGGAUCUUGGCAAUAACAGAAUUUGGGCUGUAUAACCAGUGGGUGAAAACCAGAAUUCCAAAUGGCACUUCCUGCGCGAACCCUCCCACCAGGAUCACCACCAGCUCGACGCUCUCUCUCAACAGUCUCUGGGGUAUUUUUGUAGUGCUGGCGUGCGGCCUGAUAGUAAGUGGAUUCUGCCUGUGUCUUGAGGUCACCAGCGACCAUCUCCUUCACUACUUCACCUCCACCAAGAAAGGAUUGGACAACAUCCUCUGAUCUCUGACACCGAAGGGAAAAUACAAGCCCAAUAUCACUAGAAUUAUAAUUAUUGUAUCAAAUCAAAUCUUAAAUGCCUAA